UUCUGUCUGGUCUGUCUCGUGGUUCCGGAUUAAAACCGGUAUAUAUACCUGCCGGAGCUUACAAUUGCGUCUAUUUGAUCACGUUCGACGAUAUGGCUAUGAAUAUUAUGAAAACUGAAACCUCUUUACUAUUUUAAACUUUGAAAAUUCAUCUGAAAACUAAAAAGCAUCGGACUUGACUAGUGACGCGUUAGUUUCAGACACUCUGCGUAUUAAUAUUAAUUGACCUUCAAUGUUGGACUUGAGAAAAUUCAUCUCUUUGGAUAUUAGUUGGAACAGUAUUUUUGUUGGAAUAUUUCCUUAAAGUUUCAUUCCAUUUCAUUUCAAGGAAUUGAUAAGAAAAUUCUCAAAGUAUUAAGUACAAUCAACAUGAGUGUAGUUCAACUCCUUGCGACAGCAGCAUUGCUGCUUAUUUGUGUCAAGGGCGAUAACUCUAAUGGAACUUGUGACAAUGAUGACGCCAUGUUGCGAAAUAUAUUGUCGAUCAACCUAACUAUUGCCGAUCAGAAAACGGAAAUAUGUUCGCUGAAAACCCGCAUUGAAAGGAUUGAACGCCUGCAUGGUUUGGCGCCCUCAACGGACGUGCAGCAGAUAGAUGCGACUUUAGAUCAGUAUCAUCAUAUCAUGAAAAAGCUUUUUCAUAGACGAAUAACGGACGUGGCUUUCAAAGAAAUCCGAAAGUUGAACGAGUCAUAUCAUAACACAACAGCCGGAGCACUAUGUACCGAAGACUGGCAACAUUUUCAGGGGCAAUGCUAUUUCUUCAGCAAAGACAAGCAUUCCUGGGACGACGCAAACACGUCAUGUGCUGCCAUGGAUAGUCGCUUGGCAAUCGCGGACAACGAGCAGAUAAACAGUUUUAUACGAAACGAUAAGAAUCGGUUUGUGCGUUACUGGAUUGGAGGAAAAGAAGAGGGCAAAAUGUGGAUGUGGGCAGGAACCGGAAAUCCCCUAAGCUACACAGCCUGGUGUCCAGAACAGCCGGACGGAAGCGGCACGCUAUGUGUAUCGUUCUUAAAGCUGGUACCGCCGACAUGCUACUGGACCGACCGGAAGUGCAAAUACCGACAGGCAUACAUAUGCCAACGCCCUAUUGAAAAUAUCACCGGAAGAGGAAAUGGAUAAUCUGAUCAUACCUUAUAUUGUUGUCAACAAAUAACAAUGCAAUUGUAUAUAUAAUUGCUCAUGUCUUGUGAAGGUAUCUGUGUGUACUUUCAACCUAACAUGGCUUAUCAACGGCACGUGCGUUGCACUUCAUACAGCAAAACUGUACGUACAGUAACAUGUGUAACGGAAGAUAUAUUGAUGUUUUUAGAAUUCAUAUGCUUUUUAAAUUUCAAUGGAUGACUGUUGUAAUAUAUGAUAAAACAAAUCAUAUGUUUUAAAUAGCGCUUAUACAAUUCUGAUUGUACACUGGAUUGAAGCACGUCUUGCAUUCACACGACAUGUUUGUUAUAACCUUUCUGAUUGGGUGAUUUUUACAAAGGAACUAUUUAACGAACAGUUUGUACUACAGGGGAGAACGAGAAGCAAGAAUAAUAUUCGUUCAUCUUUAGUGUAUAUUAUAUAAUACAUUUAUGAUUUUAAUAUUUAGUCAUUGAACUGCUUUAAGUUUGAAUUUUCAUGUUAGCGCUUCAUGUUGAAUUUGCAUUUAUCCAGUUUGCAUUUAUACUGCCUAUGAAUGCACAUUGAAAGCAGUUCAGUAAUUAUAUUCACUUUCUUUAAUAUUUUAAUCACAUUGAAAAGUAUAUCUAUGUAUCUUAUUGUGUAUUUUAAAGUGAGCAUAACAACCGCUCCCAUGUUAAAUGAACGGAACAGCCAUCUUCAAGAAAUAGUCAAGUGUAUCAUAUAAAUACAAGGAUCACGUCAUCGUUUGGGCCAUGACAAUCAUAGUUGAUAUGAAUACCAACUGAAUUCAGCAGGGUUAUUUAGUGUCAAUGUCAUACGGAAGUAAGUAUUUUGAAAUAAUUGCACUGUACUUUUACUGGUAUUUCUGUAUUAGAUAUGUGCUAAUAGCAUGCAUUUUUUUCCGUUGCGUUAAAUUUCAAUUCUGGAACUGAAACGUCAUUUGAAGACAGGUAAUUAUUUCAAAUAUGCACAAUAUUCAGAUUCCAGACAAGAAGUUCUUUUCAUAGUAAGGCAUUCUACUGAAAAAUUUCUAAACAAACCUGUCUCUUAUUGUUUUGCAUGCAACAUACAUUUGAGCAAUUUUUCCACGAUUUUUCUUUUUCCAACUCGAAUUUGAUAUUGAACAUGUACAUAAUUAGUUGUAAGCUUAUAUUUAUUUCGUGAAUAAAUCUUAAAAGCAAGC